AUGCCGCUGCUCAUGGUGCGCUUCUUUUCCCACUUUGCGGAGCACGAGGCUGUGGUGGGCGCCUGCUUCCCACAGGCCUUGGCGGAACAAUUGGGCAUCGGCAACGCCGUCAAGGCAUGGCUGGGCGUCAUGGGCGGGGAGACUCCGUCGCCUUGGUCCGAGUACUUUGCGGCUCUCUGGGUGAGGAAAAGGGGUUGGGGAUAG